AUGGCGCAUUCAUUCACACGAGCACCUCAGAGAACUGCAAACACUUCUACAAAUCAAUCAUUAUCUAUAUAUGUUGGUAAUCUUUCGUAUGGUACCAAUGAAAGGGAUUUAGAAGCGUUUUUCAAUGAAAAAUGUGGUAAUGUCAAACGAGUGCGUAUUAUUUAUGAUAAUAAUACACAGCAAAGUCGUGGUUUUGCUUUUGUAAACUUCAAUACCGAUGAUGCAUUGAAUACGGCAUUGAAUCUCUCGGACUGCCGAUUGGAUGGACGUGUACUUCGAAUUUCACCUGCAGAAGCAAGGAAUUCUUCAUCAGUUUCGACUGAUCAAGUUGCUUCAACUACACCUCAAACAACAAACAAACACAGAACACAAGUGGUACAUUGCAAGAAAUCAAAGUACGAUGUUUAUAUUGGCCGUCCAUCUGAUUGGGGCAAUCCAUUUGUGAUUGGCAAAGAUGGAGAUCGUGACGAUGUUAUAAGAAAAUAUCGUAAUUGGAUUAUGCGCCAGGCAGAUCUUCUAGCUCGAAUUAAACCAGAACUUCAAGGUAAACGAAUUGCGUGCUGGUGUAAACCAGAAGCAUGUCAUGGUGAUGUUCUCGCGGAGCUCGCUGAUGUUGAUUGA